UAAAACUAAGUUUGUUCUUGUGGUUGUAAUGGUGGUGGUGGUGGUGUUCUUGGUGCUGAUGGAACAAGCUUCUGAUUCUGGGUAUGGACAGAUUUUCGGUGAAGCAGCUUCCUAUAAGAUUCAGAACAGAAAGGUAGUGAUUGCUGUGGAGACAAAGGAGGAGGCUUUGACGAAAGACGUGCAUGGAUCCACAAGCAGGAGUGCUGGAAAUGGUGCGGAGAAGUUGGUGGAUUGGGAACUAAGGAAGGUUCCUUCCGGUCCAGAUCCGCUGCAUCAUAACGGAGGAGGUCCCAAGAAGCCUCGAACUCCAUGAGAGUGGCAGAGAAGCGUGAAGGAUGAAGAGCUAGCUCUUCGUAAUGUUUUGUUCUACGUAGGGAUAUUAGUUGGUGGAUAUAUACUAUAUAUACCUAGUUAACAAAAUGGGGCGAGGUCUUUUGCCUACUAGUGAAGCCUCAUGUUUAUGUUCCUUUUCUUCUUCUCUUCCUCCUUCUUCCUGGUCUAGCUAGAUAUGUUUUCGUUCUUUUGUCCUUUUCUUUUCUUGCUUUUGCCCAUGAGCAAACACUUAAAAAUGUAUGUAUUUUCUGCAACUGUGCAUGUUGGUAUAUGUAUAUCUACUGUGAAGUGCUCUUGAAUUAA